UUUGGAGCGUUCUGGCUCGGAGUAUCUCUCCCGGAUGGACCUCCGUUGGGGACCGGGCUCUCGACAAAGCUCGAUAUGUUUGCAACUAGCCUUACGCUCCCUUGUUUCAUCGCCAUUAGUGGAUUGCAGACCAAUUUUUUCGUGCUCGGAAUGAGCCACGUGAAGAUCAUUGAGGCCGUGAUACUCAUCACAUACGGCUGCAAAUUCCUUGGAACAGCAGCAGCUUCCGCUUAUUGCAACAUACAAAUCAGAGACGCAUUUUGUUUGGCCCUCUUGAUGUGUUGCCAAGGAGUCAUUGAGAUCUACACAUGCGUCAUGUGGAGAGACGAAAAGGUUCUAAACACAGAAUGCUUCAAUCUCCUUAUCAUCACGCUCUUGCUCGUGACUGGCAUUUCACGGUUCCUAGUUGUAUACCUCUACGACCCGUCGAAGCGCUAUAGAAGCACGAGCAAGCGAACGAUCCUCAAUACGAGACAACGAAACCUUCAGUUCCGUCUCCUGCUUUGCGUCUACAACGUCGAAAACGUACCUUCCAUGGUUAAUCUUCUAGAAGCUUCUUACCCGAGUCGGUUCAGCCCGAUCUCUGUCUUCACGCUGCACCUCGUCGAGCUUAAAGGCAGAGCACACGCUGUGCUCGUACCGCAUCACCAGAUGAACAAACUCGAUCCCAACACAGUGCAAUCCACUCAAAUCGUCAACGGUUUCCAACGUUUCGAACAGCAGAACCAAGGAACCCUAAUGGCUCAGCAUUUCACAGCUGCAGCUCCAUUCUCCAGCAUCAACGACGACAUUUGCACUCUCGCCCUUGACAAGAAAGCGACGCUCGUUAUCAUCCCAUUCCACAAACAGUACGCUAUAGAUGGUACGGUCGACCACGUAAACCCUGCAAUCCGUAGCAUAAACCUUAACGUUCUAGACAAGGCACCUUGCUCGGUUGGAAUAUUCAUCGACCGGGGAGAAACUGAAGGCCGCCGUUCGGUCCUCAUGAGCUACACUUGGCAAAACGUCGCAGUGAUCUACAUCGAAGGCCGAGACGACGCAGAAGCCUUAGCGUUCUCCAUGAGAAUCGCUGAGCACCCGGAAGUAAACGUCACGAUGAUCCACUUCCGGCACAAAAGCACCCUCCACCAGAACUACGCAGUAGAAGAGGAAUCCGAAUUCUCAGAGUCUCACCUUAUAAACGAUUUCAAGAGCUUCGCGAUGAACAAACCGAAAGUUAGCUACAGAGAAGAGAUAGUAAGAGAUGGCGUGGAAACCACGCAAGUGAUUAGUACACUUGGUGACUCAUACGAUCUGGUAAUUGUGGGUCGUGACCAUGACCUUGAGUCGUCCGUACUGUACGGGCUUACAGAUUGGAGCGAGUGCCCUGAGCUAGGUGUGAUCGGAGACAUGUUUGCGUCGCCGGAUUUUCAUUUCUCAGUACUAGUGAUUCAUCAGCAAGAAGGAGAGUCUCUAGCGAUGGAUAAUAGCUAUGAAUUGCCAGUUUCACCUCCUAGGGUUGGGGAUCCAAGAGUGCACCCACAUUUCUCUGUUGAAGAAGGAUUUACUUCGGUUGAUCCUCACAACAACCGUUAAUUACUGUAGUCUCUCUUUUUGUUUCUACUAUUUUAUUCAAUUUCAACAUAAGUAAAGGAUGUAGUUUUUAGUGUUUGUUAUUCAACUACAGUUUUGUAAGUAAGCGACUGAUAUUGUAGAACACACACAUGUUUUUUGGAAAGGUCAGUUCUGUUA